AAAAUCGCAUGAAACUGAUGGCAGAUAACUACGACGACGAUCAUCUCAAAUCAUCAUCUCAUUCCAACCAAACUAACCAUAAACCCUCCCCAGAUCAGGAUGAGGAGGAGGGUAUUUGGGCAUAGCCAAUCAGAUGCUCUUAGUUCAGCCAUUUUGUUCAGAACGGUAAUUCAGCCCCUUUUAGAUCUUGAUCAGAAUCGCAGCAAGUUGAAGUUAUAUAUUGGACAUUUGACAGCCCUGUGCCAUGAUCGGGACCCUCUGAUUCUUCAUGGACUCACGCCGCCUGCUUCCUAUAACCUGGAUGGUGAUCAUGCAGCUUGGGAGAAGGAGCUGCAGAAGAUGACUCAGGAGCAGCUUCAUGAAGAGAUGGAAAAAGGUGAGCGGGACAGCGCAGAGCUACAGGAAUUUGCCAAUGCCAUUCUACAGCAGAUAGCAGAUCACUGCCCUGACAUCCUGGAGCAAGUUGUCAAUGCACUUGAGGAGUCAUCAUGACCUAAAUCUGUGCUAGCUCCCUGACAGCAGCAUGCCCAGGGGCAAGCCCAAUCAGUCCAAGGAGCUAGAAUUGGAGAAGUGUGUGAAAGGCAGAGGAGAGAAGAAGGAGAAGAAACUCUUGGUGCACCUUUUUAUAAAAAGAAACAAAUGAACCUAAACUGGUAUUUCAUCUUUUCCAGUCUAUCAGUACUGAAUUAUGCCUGUAUUCAUAUUCUCACUGCCUUUCUGUUUUGGAAUAAUGCCUCCCAGUUACAUUUCCUGUUGGCUUUGGGAUAUAUCUGUUCACAAAUGUGCUGAGUCCAAGAAGCAUAGAAAUGACAAUAUAUUUGAGCAGCUUGUUCUGUUGAUUCUUAAAGAGGUAGGAGGGGAGCACUUGUUUUCAUUUUAUUUUCUAAUUAAUAAAUCUGCGCUCUAUAUUCAUUUAUGGAGAAGGUUGAGUGUGGUCCUAAAAGUGGACCAAAGUUGGCCAACAACACUUUUGCUAGCUCAGGAUUAGCAGUCUGUAUCUUCACAGGAGUUUUCACCAUUAAAGUUGAUAUUGUUACAAAGAGAGAAGUGGGAUAUCCCUGUAUUGCAGUAGAGAUUUCAGCCAAGAGACAAUUGAUAAUAGUUUUACAUUUUCUUUUAUUCUACUUGUGAGCUUCAUGUUUGUUUACCAAAUGGGGAUGACUUUUUUCUUUAGCAGACCUUCUUGGGAUUCUAGCAAAGCUCAGCCUCAUACUUUAUAUAUGUCUGCAUUCUUAUUUGAUCAGUGCUCAGUUCAUGCUUAGCUUCUUAUUUUAGGGUGUUGUUUUUUUUAGUUCUUAGAAGAUUACUUCAUAAACUACACCCAGUAUCAGAGUAUUGGUCUUACCUAUUACUUAUCAUCUGCCAAUAAUGUGUGAGGGCAAAAUAGCUUCUCUAAACAGCAUCCUGUUAACAUAUCCAAAUGGACAGAGUAAAUAGGAAUCUGAAUAAUCAAUUGUUUUGCAUAAAUUGUGAAAAUAUAAUUUUGCUCUAGGGAUUAUUAGUUUUACACAGUUUCAUCAGGCAUUCACCAGAUAAUGUGUCUCUGAUACAGUAUCUCUGUAUUUCUGAUUUUUCUUUUUUCAGAUUUCAGGGAUAAGAGGAACUUUUAUAGCAAAUAACAGAAAAGGAAAUUAGGAUUCUAAAUUAACUGCAGUAAGAGGAAGAUCAAUGGUCUGUAAUUUGCUUUCCUGACUCAUUUAUCACUGAAAUGACUAUUCUAAUCACUGUUUCAUUUUUCUAAUAACUUAGUUUGGUUGUUUUUUCCAGCUUAAGUGCUUUGCACUUGAAUAUCCUCAUUCCUUAAACCUAAAUUUAAUGUUAUAAAGCAGGCUUCCUCUUAAGGUUCUUUAUUCCAUUUUUUCAGAUCCUACAAUACAGUGGAGCCUUGGUUUUUGCUGAGGUUUGGUUUCAGGUUCCCCUGUGGAUAUCAAAUCCUGAGAUGCUCAAGUCCCAUUAUAUAGAAUGGCAUAGUAAAAUGGUCUCCCUUAUAUACAGUAGCAGAAUCAAGGUUUUCUUUUGGCAGUGUAUAUCUUUUUGGAAUAUCUUCAAGCCAUGGAUGGAUAAAGAAUCCUUGGAUAUUGAGGGCUGGCUGUAUAUCCUCCAUCACAUAUCACUUAGACUCCCAGUGUGAAAGGCACUGGUACCAUAUUUGUGCUCAUUAGCUACUACUGUUUCUUACUUUCUUGGAAGCAUCCACUGACUGGAAGCUGAUGGUUUGCAGACCAGCUUUGGUCCAUGGACCCCAAGUAGUAUUGGCUUGGGCCAUAUUGAAGCAUUGUUUUCUACUUUAUCCCCUACCACAUCCCCUCCUUCAAAUGUCAAAACCCACAGCUUGUAAUAUAUGUUGAAUAUCCCUUAGCCAAAAUUCUUAGGACCAGAAGUGUUUUGGAUUUCUGAAACGCGUUGGGGGUGAAUUUUUGUAACAUUUGCAUAUCCAUAAUGAGAUAUCUUGAAGAUGGCAUUCUCACUCAAAACAUCAAAUUCAUUUA